CUGUUCGUGGAACCAGAAAACCAAACAACAGUCUCAGAAAUCCAUCUCAUGGGCAUCUCAGAGGAUCCAGCACUGCAGUGCAUCCUCUUUGCACUCUUCCUGUCCAUGUACCUGGCCACUGUGCUGGGGAACCUGCUCAUCAUCCUGGCUAUCAUUUUGGACUCCCACCUGCACACACCCAUGUACUUCUUCUCCAACCUGUGCCUGGUUGACAUCUUUUUCUCCUCUACCACUGUCCCCAAGAUGCUGAUGAAUAUCAAGACACAGAACAGACCCAUCCCUUUGGCUGACUGUGUGACCCAAAUGUAUGCCUUCCACCUCUCUGGCACCAGGAACAGCUUCCUCCUGGCUGUGAUGGUCAUUGACCAGCUGGGUAUUGUCCACCCACUUUGUUACUUGGUGCUCCUGAGCCCAUGUGCCUGUGAGCAGCUGGUCACCAACCCAUCCCUGGUAUACACCUGCCUCAUAGCCCAACUGACCUGCUUUGAUUCCAAGAUCCCUCACUUCUGUGACCUCAUUCUUCUGCUGAAACUCUCCUGCUCAGACACGGACACCAAUGAGCUGGUGAGCCUGGCUUCUGGCAUCAUCACGGGCCCCUUGUCCUGCAGGCCGCUCUCUUACAUCUUCAUUUGCAGGACAGUCUUUCAGAUCCCUUCUCUGGGCAGGUGGAAAGCCUUCAUUUGUGGCUCACACACAAUGGUAUCACCAUUCUAUGGGACCAUCUUCGCUCUGUACAUAUAGUUGCUGUCAUCUACCUCCUCCCAGAAAAACAAAGCAGCUGCAUAGAUGUAUGGGGAGGUCAUCCCUAUGCUGAAUCCCUUUAUCUACAGCCUAAGGAACAAAGACAUGAAGGUAGCCCUGAGGAAGCUUGAUGGCAAAGCAGCCUCAUCCUGGUCCUAG